CUCAAUUUUCAUUGUACGAGGAAACCACUGCCUCAACUUUCUCGAGUAGUACAAUUUUUAUGCUACUCUCUCUCACUGGCCAACAUUUGUUUAUGCACCCUCUUUCUAUAUUGAGAUGGUCCAUGCCCUAACAUUACUUAAAUUAGUUUAAUACCUUAGUGAUUUCUCUAUCCAAAACCACCCCAACAAAUUAAGCAGCUCCAGGUUUUGUAAGAGUGGUUUUGCCAUACCGCUUUCCUCACGCUUUACAAUACCAUUACCACCUUCUUCCAAAAUAGAACUCUCUCUUUCGUUAAUCUUCGCUUCAAGCUCGAAUUAUUUAAGAAGAGAAAAUGGGGAGAGGGAAGAUUGUGAUUCGUAGGAUCGAUAAUUCGACGAAUAGGCAAGUGACUUUCUCAAAGAGAAGGAAUGGAUUGCUUAAGAAAGCAAAAGAAUUAUCAAUCCUUUGUGAUGCGGAAAUUGGGUUGAUUAUCUUCUCCAGCACUGGAAAGCUCCAUGAUUUUGCAAGCACCAGCAUGAAAUCUAUAAUCGAACGAUACAACAAAGUCAAGGAGGAGCAUUACAAUCUGAUGAAUCCUACUUCAGAGAUCAAGGUAUGGCAAAGGGAAGCGGAAAACUUGAGGCAACAACUACAGUAUUUGCAAGAAAGCCAUAGGAAACUUUUGGGAGAGGAACUUGCUGGAUUGAACAUUAGAGACCUCCAAAAUCUGGAAAAUCAACUAGAAACGAGCUUGAAAGGUGUCCGUGUGAAAAAGGAACAAACUCUGACUACUCAAAUCAACGACUUAAAUCAGAAGGGAAACGCCAUUCAUCAAGAGAAUAUGGAACUUUACAAGAAGAUGAAUAUCAUUGUCAAGGAGAAUGAGGAAUUGCGGAAAAAGGUUUACGGCCCGGGAAGCACAAGUGAAGAAAACAGGGUUCCCCACAAUACACACAAAAUCAACGAUGGAUAUUCUUUUAUACCUAUAAAUCUUGAGCUGAGUCAUCAACAAAAGCAAACAAAUGGUGCACCAAAAGAUGUAAUGAAUUUGGGGUUAGCUCCAUUUAACCUAAUUCACACGUAUAUUAGGCACUAAGAAUGGUUUCCCCUUGCUUGUUUUAUCAAAUGACAAUAAAGUUGACUCUUGAACAGGCUUCAACUGCAGCAAUGACACGCUGGCAGCACAGACAGCGUGUUUAGCAGUUCUAAGCCAAGUUAUCCGACAAUCCUACUGAACAACUCAGAUGGACUUGAUUAUUUGUGGUUCACAAUGUGUCUGCAAACGGAUGGCCAUCCUGUUCAUUAACUGUGGAAAGACUAGAGAUUUUUAUGUACAUAGUCCCAUGAUUGUUGUAAUAAUGGCAGAAGGCAGAAGCAAGGAAUGUUUAAGGUUAACUCGAGCUAAUAUUAUGGUAAUUGAUGUCGCCAGCGGUAGUCCCUACUAAUUCUUGUUAGAUAAGAUAAUGCUAAUACACUGGAGACAUGCCAAUAUAGGAUGCUUCAGUAAAUGUGAAA